AUGAAUCAAUACAGCACAAAAGAGGAUGUCCUCAAGUUAGGUAUCGUCGACCCGGAGCUAGAAGCAAUCCUUCCCUAUAGCCCACCACGUGCAAUGGACUUCUCGGGACCCAUGGAGGAAUUGCGGGCAAUGGUUUCGAAAAUAGAGAAAUCAGCAUAUAAAUCCUGCCCAACAUUCGAUACACAAGAGUCCACGAUAAACAUCCAGAUGCGCGAUGGUGCCCAAAGCAAGCUCCACAUCACCAAGCCAGGUAACUCGCGUUCAGGAAACCCAGUGGUUGUCCUUAUCUUUGGAGGAGCCUUUGUAAUCGGCACAAACAUCCAAUCAAUUGUCUGGGCUCGCGCUAUUGCAUCUCUAUACGGUGCUACCGCGUGGAUAGUUGCGAACGCGUCUGCGGUUGAUGCAGACAUAUCUAAGGGAUUUGUUCUAAGCGGCAGAUCGGCAGGCGAGAAUAUUUCGAUCUUCACAGCUCAUCGCGCUGUGAAAGAGAAACUCAACCCGCCAUUCACGGAAGUUCUAGCGAGCAUCCCGGUUUGUAUGAGCAAAGAUACCGUGCCGAAGAAACACAAAGAGCUGUGGGUGUCCCGCGUGCAAAGCGCCAAUGCUGCGGGGAAUCCUGGUCUGGAUACAAAGUCGAUUGAAGGUUACGAGGUCGCGGGAUUGGACAUCAUCCGCGACGACGACCUUGUCUACGCGAAAGUUCCGGAAGAUAACGGAGUCAAGGUGAAGUUUGAUGCUUAUCCUGGCAUGCUCCAUGGCCGUUUCAAUUUCUGGCCCCGCUUGAAACAGUCCAUCAGGUCUCAGGAAAAUACCAUCUGGCAUGCUGGUUGGCUUUUGGGUCGGGAGGUAUCUAGAGAAAGGGUGAAGGAAUUUGUAGCUGUGAUUAUGAAAUGA